AUGCACUUCUUCAGUCAAAAACGUUUUAAAGCACAUCCUUACAAUUUCCUCUUUACCACAGUUAUAGAUCUCCAGGUAACCUGCAUUUUUUCAGAAGACUGUUUCCUUCCCUGCCACUUUGAACCAGUUGGAGAUGAGAUCAUAUACUGGUACAAACAGAACGUUCUGAUUUACACUUAUAGACAGGGGAGUGGUCUGCUGGAUCAGUCGACCCAUCUUAACACUGGGAGAAUAUCACUGUUCAAUGGCACCAUUAACUUUGGUAACGCUUCCCUACAUAUUCAGAAGUGCAGCCAACAAGAUAAAGGAAAGUACAAGUGCCUUGUUGCUAGUGGUCAAAAGAAGAAUGAGCACUUCAUCACAGUUAAAGUAGAAGCCCCUAUCAAGUCAGUGAACAUGGAGACAACACGCCUCAGUGGCUAUGAAGAAGUCAAAUGCUCUGCAAGAAACGUCUAUCCCGCCCCCCGUAUAACUCUGUAUACCGAGCCGCCCGUUCUGCAAGACGUCCUCUCGCCUAACACCCGCAAAAUGGCUGACAGGGACGGCCUAUACGCAGUAGAAAGUAAGAUCAGAAAGCUGGAAGACAAGGCCGACCUAACCUACAUCUGUCUGGUCCAAUCAUUUUACAUGUCUCAACUAUGGAGGACAUCGCUGCAGGAGAAAGAAAUCUACAGUGUGGAGGGUCAGGACUUUAUCAUCCCUUGCGUGGCCCCGUGGGACCUGGAGAACUUUACAGUGACCUGGUCCUUCACCAAAGAAUACAACACAUCAAUCAUACACACCUACGACAGCAUCACACACCUGAGCUAUAAUGUUUGGGAGGAGAAGGUGCGGCUUGUGUCUCCUAGGGGCCAAAUUGGGGAUGGGUCCUUGCAGAUACGCAAUCCACUGAGACUGGAGCACGCUGGCAUCUACACAUGCGUCCUGUCUGCCUUCCAGACUAAACAUAAGGUCCAUACUACAGUCAACAUUGUUGCAAAAACUGCUAAAACACAGCACAAGAGCUCCCCCGAGUGGAUUCCUCCUGCUUUAAUCUCAUGCCUGGUACUCGCUGUUAUCAUAGCAGUCAUUGUGAUUGUAAAACGUAAAGUUUGCAAAGCACGAUCAACACAAACCUAUGGAGAAGUGACAGACAUUCAUCAAAUGAGAGGUUUGUGCAUUGUGUUAACACAUACUAUAGCUAUGAUAUAUACAUAAUGCCUCAUCUGAUUCCACUGUAUCAGAUUCACGGAUCUCUCUGCCCUGUAAUGUCACCAAUGCCAACAGUGGAGAGCCAUCAGAGAGCACCUGCUUAUCAGAAGAGACUGCAAACAGGAAUACAUGAGAAAACGUGAUGUGAUGGAGAAUAAGCUGUGGAAAUAAUUUGGUUGAGAGUGAAAGAGACUUGGCUUUUCUUCUAGACUUUUAGUCUAAGCCACCACAAGGGCCUGCCGGAUACCAUGAUAGCAUGUAUAUACGCUGAUGGUUAUCUGACUUCCUUUGAAUGCUGAUCUUUUGUGGCAUUUCUCUAAAAAUUGAUAAUUUUAUAUGACUGAAAACAGAGAUCAGAGAUGCAUUUAUAAUAAUUAAUAGUUGUAUAAUAAUAAAGUAUUAUAAGUAUUUUAUAUGAUGCAAGAUAAGCCAAACCCCCAUGCAAUUCUGUAACUAAUCAAUU